ACGAGCGCAGGGCAGCUUCUCACCCUGACCUCAACUGAGUGCGUAAAUCUCGUACUGGUUUGCUUCACGCAUUUCCAGGAAGAGAGAGAGAGAGAGAGAGAGAGAGGAUUUUGUUUGACGAUGGCGUUUAUCAUCUGUCUACAGCCAUGGCGAGGACCAUGGCCUCUGUCGUCUACUCAGCAGCUUUCUCUCUGUAAAUUCUCCACUUCUCUUCCUCGUAACCUUUCCGUCGUUUCUUCUUUGGUUUCGACGACACCAUCAGCAGUUUCUAAGUUCAACUCUUCUUUUAAGCGUAAUCCUUCUCUGUUCAUCCAUAAGCUCUCUAUAAUGCCGACCGAAGCGCCAAAAUCAUGUCUAGUUCCUCUAGGCCAUGGAUGUUCAUGGAUGCAGGACAAUUCAACAAGUUGCGACACAGAAACCAGCCCUGGGUUGAAGCUGGGGCCCUUAUAUUCUAUGUUUCCCUCUACGCCUGCGGUAGUUUCCUCUGUACAGGACCUUUUAGAAUUUGUAUGCUCCGGUCCUCUUACGGAGAAAUUGGGCCUGACUACAGAAAUAGUGGAAGCAAGCAUUGACAAGUGGCUACUGCUUGGGAGUUACCUGUGCAGAUUGUUACAGUUCAAUGAGCUGCAACUUACAAUCCCUCAGAAAACAAGAAUAUAUCACUACUAUAUACCAGUGUUCUUCUGGUGCGAAGAUCAGAUAUCUAAGCAUAAUUCAAUGUUCAAAGAUGGGGAGGAAAUCCCUCCUUUAGUGAUUGGCUUUAGUGCGCCACAAGGUUGUGGAAAGACUACUCUUGUCUUUGCUCUAGAGUUUCUCUUCAGACAGACUGGAAGGAAAUCUGCAACAUUAUCAAUAGAUGACUUCUAUUUGUCAGCAGAGGGACAGGCUAAGUUGAGAGAAGAAAAUCCUGGCAAUGCACUUUUGGAGUUUCGUGGAAAUGCUGGAAGUCAUGAUCUCCAAUUGUCCAUAGAAACGCUAACGGCUCUGAGCAAACUGAGUAAAGAAGGUAUAAAGAUGAAGCUGCCACGGUAUGACAAAUCUGCCUAUGGUGGAAGGGGUGACAGAGUUGAUCCUUCAACAUGGCCGGAGAUUGAAGGCCCAUUAAAUGUCGUUCUAUUUGAAGGUUGGAUGCUUGGCUUCAAACCCCUUCCUGUGGAAGCUGUAAAAGCAGUUGACCCCCAGCUGGAGAUUGUAAACAAGAAUCUUGAAGCUUAUUAUGAUGCAUGGGACAAAUUUAUAAAUGCAUGGAUAGUGAUCCAGAUUAAAGACCCCAAUUGUGUGUACCAGUGGCGGUUACAGGCAGAGAUUGCAAUGAGGGCAGAUGGCAAACCUGGAAUGUCAGAUGAGGAGGUUAUGGACUUUGUUUCUCGUUACCUGCCAGCAUACAAGGCUUAUCUUCCUACACUUUACUCAGAAGGACCAAAAGGGUCAGAUCCAGAACGUCUUCUUGUUGUUGAAAUCGAUGAGGAGAGGAAUCCCAUCUUGGCUGUGUAACUAAUCUUAACUGAUCAAUCAUAUUCAGUGGCACAGACAUUCUUCUUUCUGUUUUUUGAAAUUUUCUCGUGUCACAUGCAAUGUUAGUGAGAGGAACCUCUGCUGGAGAGGCUUGCCUUAAGUGUUAAUUCAAUGUAAAUGUAAUAAUAUGUAACUAUGUACCAUUGUCAUGUGAAAGGAAAAUUUUUCCAGAAAGGAGCAA